UAAAAGGAGUUUGGAUGAUACCCUAGCCGGCAUUUUGUAAAAGUUCCACAGCGUGUACUAUUUUUUUUUAUAUAUGCUUUUCGUCAUUUUGGAGUUCCUUUGGAGUUACCUGUGCUGUGAUCGAUCGGAGAAUAAGAGAACCGAGUUAUUCAUCAGCUACAGAUCGUUGCAUGAAACUGAGAGCGGGGCCGCAAUGAGUCGGAGAACACGACGCUGGAUUUUAAGAGUUUUACUUUGUCUAGGAAUUGUUUAUUUGAAAAUUGGUGGCUUCUCGUCGGUGGUGGCCCUAGGUGCGAGCAUAAUCUGUAACAAGAUCCCCGGUUUGGCCCCCAGACAACGGAUUAUCUGCCAGAGUCGCCCCGAUGCCAUUAUCGUCAUCGGAGAGGGAGCCCAAAUGGGCAUCAACGAGUGUCAGUUUCAGUUCAAAAACGGGCGCUGGAACUGCUCUGCGCUUGGAGAGAGGACAGUCUUCGGAAAAGAGUUGAAAGUGGGCAGUAAAGAGGCUGCGUUCACCUACGCCAUCAUUGCCGCAGGGGUGGCCCAUGCCAUUACAGCCGCUUGUACACAGGGUAACCUGAGUGACUGUAGCUGUGACAAGGAGAAGCAGGGUUUCUACAGUAAAGACCAAGGCUGGAAGUGGGGAGGCUGCUCGGCAGACAUCAGCUAUGGCCUGCACCUCUCCAAAGUAUUCAUCGAUGCUCGGGAGGUCAAACAGAAUGCAAGGACACUCAUGAACCUCCAUAAUAAUGAGGUGGGACGCAAGAUCCUGGAGAAGAACAUGCGACUGGAAUGCAAGUGUCAUGGUGUCUCAGGCUCCUGCACCACCAAAACCUGCUGGACUACACUUCCCAAGUUCCGCGAGCUCGGCUACAUUCUCAAGGACAAGUAUGCCCUUGCGGUGCACGUGGAACCAGUCAAAGCCAGCCGCCACAAGCGCCCAAAAUUCCUGAAGAUCAAGAAGCCUUACUCUUACCGGAAGCCCACGGAUACAGACCUGGUAUACAUAGACAAGUCGCCUAACUACUGUGAGGCGGACCCUGUGACGGGGAGCUUGGGGACACAGGGCAGGGUGUGUAACAAAACUAUUAUGCAGCACAUCAGUGGCUGUGACUUGAUGUGCUGUGGCCGUGGAUACAACACACACCAGUACUCCCGUGUCUGGCAGUGCAACUGCAAGUUUCUGUGGUGCUGCUACGUUAAAUGCAACACCUGCAGUGAGAGGACAGAAGUGUACACAUGCAAAUGAGAAUAUUUAUUGGAUGGUGUGUGUGUGUCUGUGUGUGUUUGUGUCUGUGUGUGUGUGUGUGUGUGAGUGUGUAUGUGUAUGUGUGUGAAUGUGA